GGCAAGUUGCUCGUCACUCGUUCAGACUUCAACCCGCCCCUGGAGCAUGACAUCACCACCACGAAGCAAUGCCACAACUUCAAGAAACUGCUGCAAACCACACAGCAGCGUCUCGAAGCUCAAUGCUUUCACUAAGGGACUUGCCCUGCUCGUCCCUCUGCGCGCGCCUCUGCCGCUCUUCCCCCAAAAUGGAAGAAUAGUUCACAUACCGGGUAUGUUUCCAUGAUAUAUUUGCUUAUCCUAAGUAAAUAUUUUUAGUAAGACUCAGUGCUUCAGCACGACAGUUCAGCAAAGCCCAUAUUCUAGAUGUCGCUGAACAGAGCCCGAUGAUGCUUCCCAGCCCAGUAACGUCAACCCCGUUUUCUGUCAAGGACAUACUAAAGCUGGAGCAGCAGUCUCACCACCAACUGCAAGUACCUUUACCGGAUUUACAGCAGCAGCAACAGCGUUUCCACACUCCACCAUCUUGCCUGCUUGGAGGCGCAGAGAGCCCCGGAUUCUCAGAUAGUGAGGACAGGAUGGCUUUCCUCAACGCCCUCUCUGUACAGGACAACCUGGUGGAAAGCAGCCUUUCUCCGCCCAUGUUUGGACAUCCCGCUCUGGGACACGUCGUAGACGGAAAGUUAGAGGAAGACCUCGAAGAGCAGGAAACCAAGAGUUGUGGUGCUUUAGUGAGAUCCCCUGACUGUGAGCUGCCCUCAGACCCGGACAGGUCCCAGAGGCAGAGAGCCAGGCGGAAGCCGCGGGUUCUUUUCUCCCAGGCGCAAGUUUUCGAGCUCGAGCGGCGCUUCAAGCAGCAGCGAUAUCUCUCCGCUCCCGAGCGAGAACAUUUGGCGAACACUCUGAAACUCACGUCCACCCAGGUCAAAAUCUGGUUUCAGAAUCGAAGAUACAAAUGCAAGCGCCAGCGUCAAGACAAAAGCCUGGAGAUGGCUGGUCAUCAUCAUCACCAUCCGCCGCCGCCUAGACGCGUGGCGGUACCGGUUUUAGUUCGUGAUGGCAAACCUUGUCUUUCUGGAUCACAGAAUUAUAACGCUACCUACGCUGUGGGCUCCAACCCGUACGGGUACAAUGGUUAUUCGAGCUAUAAUAAUGCAGCAUAUACAAACGCCUACAAUUGCUCAUAUCCUAGUUUGCCAACACUCCCAGCAAACACGGGCACCAACCCGUUAAUGUCCAUGACUUUGAAUAAUCUCGGAGCGCACACCCAGCCGCAGACAUCACAAGGGACUUCCGUUUCAUCGUGCCAAGGACCUCUGCAGGGCAUCCGGGCAUGGUAGUGCCACAGCACCCACAUGCCUUCUGUACAGGCUUGAAUAAGACGCUUCACGCCAAUAGCAAUUAAUGACAUAUAUUGUAUUUUGACUUCAGCAGCACGCUACAGAUCAGCCAGGACACUUUACAUCUGAGAAUGUAGUCUAAAGUAUGUAAUGACGCCAAACCUGUUGAUUGCAUGUAAAUUAAUUUUUUUUAAGUUUUUUUUUAUGCUAAAAUAUUUUAAUUAAUAUGAAGUAUUAGUGUUUUUUUUGGGGGGGGGGGGGGGGGGGUUGACAUCUCAUGGUAUUGCAAUAUUUCUAAACUUUGCGUAGGACCAAAUGUUAAAUAAAACUUUGGACGCUGAGGACGUGUGUACAAAAAAGUUCAGGAGAAAAGAGUUAUGGUGUCGACUGCAUUAAAUCAAGGACAUUGAUGCAAUGCCUCGAGUUUACGAUCAGACGUUUAUCUAUAGACUCUCAAAUAAAAGACAAAAAAAUCGAAUUCGAUAUAAUUAAUAAUGAUUCUGUUUAUACUGAGAAUAAUGUUGUGUACAGUGCAGUUCGUUUGGGUUUCUUUGUUAUUGCGUUAUACAAAAUAAGUGUUGAAAUCCGCAGUUAAAUACGAAAUAAUUUGAUGCGCAUUAAAACAUAUUUAUGCUAUUAUGUUUAAAAACAUAAGAUGGAAUGGAUGAAGUAAUGUCAAGCUCCUCAACUGGGGUCAAUGUAUAAUGCUUUCCAUAGGCCUGCCUAAGAUUUUCAGUGAUUUUAAAGGAAAGAAAUAAACACGUUUCCUGCUUC